GGUUUUGAGCGAGCAGCAUUCAGGCCGACUCGGCAGUUGUGUCGGCAGAGUAGUCGGUGCUCGGCCGCCGUUGUGUUAGUGUCUCGUUCUCCCCCUCUUCGUCGGGCUGGCCUGCUCUCGAGGAACCACGUCUCAGGACCGCCUUUCUUUGCUAUUGUGGCUCUUCGGUGUGCUUUCAUCUCGUUGGGAGGAACCCAAAGAUAACGGCGCCUUCUGGACCCAUCUGCGAGAGGACCUGUCGCAACCAGGCCGCUCCCCCCCCGGCCACCUCCUUCCCCCUGGCAGCUGGCACCCCUCGCUCACACCCGUCACGGGACCCAACCAUCACUUUCAGUCCCUCGCUCCAGCCUGCACACCAGCGCAUGAGGUCUUGCCUGCCUUGAGAGCACGAUAUCCAUUCUUGGGUCUUUCAUUCUUUGUUUUGUUCGCCUGUUCUUUUCUUCUGCUUCUUCCCACCUAACCUUUCACAUCCUUCUCUCCACUCCAACCUUUCGUCACGUCCUUCACACGGCCUGUCGAAUGUGGUUUGGUGGUACCCCGUCUGAUUGAGUCAUUUUCUCUUUCGUUCCCCCUUUGCAUUUUCUAACAUCUCUUUUGCUUCCCGUUACUUCGACCCCUACUAGCACCACCCCUUCCCUCCUUACCCCCAGAGUUGACCCUUAACCUUUGACCCAACAAUGCCCGUCCCUUCUUCUGUGACCACGAGAUAGAAGAGCCUUAGAAGAGACGGUGGCCAAGGAAGCAAGUUCUGCCGAGCAACGUAGGCCCAACCAGCCUUGUAACUUAGAGAAAUAGACGCAGUUGGAAGCGUUUUUUUUUCGUUUAGACCUUCCAUCAUGGGCGUCCCAAGGCUGGUCCUGACCUUUGUGGGGCUGUGGGCGGCGACAUCAGCAAAGCUUGUUUACGUCGAGGAACACCUACCGCUAAAGGGUGUGGAGUCGCCCCCCGGGUCACCAUGGCCCCUGCCUCACCACUGGAGACAGGACCCUCGCCAAGUCACCAUAGACUCCAGUUCCUUCACCAUAACCGCUAACUUGAAAGGCUGUGACGUGAUCGACGCAGCAGUUGAGAGGUAUCACAGUCUGACUUUAAUCGACCCAGAUGCCACGCCUGACCCAAGCCUGCCUGUAUUGCCCUCGUUAGUGGUGACCGUGGCCUCUGACUGUGACCACACGCCGCACCUGAAUCUCCAGCCAGAUUAUGAAUCUUAUACUCUGGAGGUCUCCGGGCCGUCGGCCCGCCUGCAGGCCCCUACAGUGUGGGGCGCCUUGAGAGGACUGGAGACUUUCUCCCAGCUGGUCUACAUCACAGAGCGAGAUAACCACUACACACUCAACGAGACACUGAUCGAGGACGCCCCGAGGUUCCCCCACCGAGGGAUCCUGCUGGACACAGCCAGACACUUCCUGCCGAAGAACACCAUCCUGCAGGUGCUGGACUCUAUGUCAUGGAAUAAGAUGAACGUCUUGCACUGGCACAUUGUAGACGAUCAGAGUUUUCCUUAUGAGUCCAAGAUCUUCCCCAACCUCACACUUCACGGCGCCUAUACCCCCCGCCACAUAUACACUCAGAAGGACGUGACGGACAUCGUAGAUUACGCCAGGUAUCGAGGCAUCAGGGUCAUCCCCGAGUUCGAUACGCCAGGACAUGCCCAGGGCUUCGGCAAGGCAUUUUCGCAUUUACUUACCCCGUGUUAUGGUGACGGCCAGACAGCGGGGACCCCCAACUAUCCUCUCCACGCGGCGUAUGAGAAUUUCGACCCUACUAACCCACAGGUUUAUGAAUUCGUCAAAGCUUUCCUGGUGGACCUGAAACACACGUUCGUAGACGGGUACAUUCACUUGGGUCUCGACGAGGUGUUCUUAGCCUGCUGGUUGAGCUCGCCAGUCGUCCGGGAUUUCAUGGAGCGCCACAACUACACCGAGAUCGGCCAGGUUGAGCAGCACUAUGUGGACCGGGUGCUGGAGUUGGCUGAGCUCACGCCCAUCAAAUACAUUACUUGGCAAGACCCAGCUGACCGUGGCACAAAGAUGGCCAACACAAGCGUGGUGCAAGUAUGGAAGGACGUGUCUCUUUCGCCCAGCAAGAUGCGCGGCUGGAGAGAGUACGUCCACGACCUGACGGAGGCUGGCCACCAGAUCAUCCUCUCCUCCUGUUGGUACAUCAACUACAUCACCUACGGCCAAGACUGGAGGAACUUCUACAACUGCGACCCCACUGAUUUUCAGGGAACGGCCGAACAGAAAUCCCUGGUGCUGGGCGGAGAGGCAGCCAUGUGGGGAGAGUACGUGGACGCCACAAACCUCCUGCCGAGGCUGUGGCCGAGAGCCUCAGCCGCAGCCGAGCGGUUGUGGUCUCUGCCGGUGAGCGAGGCGCCUUCCACGGACGACGCUGCCUACAGGCUCGACCAACACCGGUGUCGGAUGCUCAGGCGCGGCAUCCCGGCCCAGCCCAUCCUGAACGGCUUCUGCGGCGAGUGGGAGGUCUCCGAAGACACUCCGCUCUAGCCCAGAGCCAGGAGCCACAGACAAACACAGAGGCUCCUCCCCCGCCGCCUGCAGCAGAAGUCCCUGCAGAAGGUGGCGGUUCCCCGGACGUUGCGAAUCCCCCUACCACUGCAGCACCUCCUUCAGCUACCACAGCUCCCCCGCGGAAGAACACGGAGUCCCCGCAGCGGACACGACGGUGGUGGAGUCCGUGGAGACGCCCCCGGAGGAACCAGCGGUAGGCUCGUAGGAAAGCGAUAGGCCUACCUACUCAUACUCAUACGUGAAAGUAUUAUAUAUUUUCUUCUCCACGAUUGCCGCCCCGUGUAAGAGUUAUCCAUACUGUCUUAACCGCUGUGCCUUCACAUUGUAAUGCCAUGGUCAAAUGUAUGUUUAAGUUAAAUAUAUUUUAUACGUGUA